AUGAUACGCUGCAACGGGCUGUUUUUGUUGGAAGCACUCUUCCAGACCGAGGAUUUCGAUCCCCAUAUGUACAAAUUACUGUUUGCAGAAGUUAUUGUUUUUGUCAUGAUUGCAUUUAGCAAACAAAAUAUCCUUCAAGCAGUUGAAGAACGAUUCUUACAUGUUCGGUUAAAACAUCCGGUGCAAGUGUAG